AUGAAGAAAUACUUGUUAGUGAUAACUACUGUAUUUUGCUUAUGUUCAAUUGGAAAAGCAGAAGAUAUAUGCUCAACAAAUAGUCAGUGUGUUAAUCUUCCAACUGGGGAUGGAACAUCACUUGUCUGCGCUUACAAUUAUGCGACAUGUAGCGAUUUAGUCGCUUGUACAGAUGACAAUACAUGUGCACGUCCAAAUACAGUUUGUGUCAAGCAUCGUUGCCAUGUUCAUCCUGUUUGUUACCCGAAAACAAUGACAACUCACACACUUUGUCCACCACUGACACCAUCCAAUUCUUCUUGUUAUUCAUGUCAAUGUCCGACGCACAUCGUUCCUGAUCACCCGAAACAAUUCUGGCGUGAGACUCUAAAAACAAGUGGCACCAAUCCAUUCACCGAUAGUCUUGAUUACAAAGUCUACCGUAAUGUAAAAGAUUUUGGUGCCAAAGGCGAUGGUAUAACAGAUGACACACGAGCUAUUCAGAAUGCUAUUUCUAGUAACAACCGUUGUUCGGCUGUUUCGGCCUGUGAAGGUUCAACUUCAGAACCUGGUCUGAUCUAUUUUCCGCUUGGAACAUAUUUGAUUAGUUCGAGCCUUCAGUUAGACUAUUAUACACAACUAGUUGGAGAUCCAUCUGGAGAUCGACUUCCAACAAUCAAGUGUUCAAGUAAUUUUAACAAUGGUUAUGUACUCGAUGGUGAUCCAUACAAUGCAUGGGGAAAUCUAGCAUGGGGUUCAACAAAUAAUUUCUUUCGAGAAAUCCGAAAUCUACGAAUUGAUAUGACUAGUAUGAGUCCAACACUUGGUACGAGUGCAAUUCAUUGGCCAGUAGGACAGGCAACUGCUUUACAGAAUAUCGUUAUUGAAAUGUCCUCAGUAGCCAAUACGCAACAUCAAGGUUUAUUCAUCGAAAGUGGUAGUGGUGGUUUUAUGAGCGAUAUUACUUUUCAAGGUGGAAAAAUUGGUGCAUUCCUAGGUAAUCAACAAUUCACUUCGAGAAAUUUAGUAUUCUUCGGAUGUCAAACUGCUAUCAGUCAAAUAUGGAACUGGAACUGGUUAUAUAAAUCACUUUCGAUUAACAAUUGCGGCGUUGGAAUUAGACUUUCGGUAAAAGCAGGAGACAAAGAAGCAGUAGGAGGAAUGACCAUAUUAGACUCACAUAUCUACAAUACUACAGUGGGAAUCAUUACAUCAGCUAGUGCACAAUCAAUACCUGCUAGUGCCGGACAGAUUCUUUUAGAUAAUGUGAAUUUUGAAAAGACUUCUGUUGCUGUACAAAGUACAUCUGGUCAAGUUAUAUUACAAGGAAAUCAACGAAUUCGUUCCUGGGGUCAAGGUCACGUUUACACACGAUCUUCAAAUACCUACACAUAUGUGCAAGGUUCGCUGACACCACCUGAAAAGGCAUCUGUUCUAUUAGAUGGUUCAAGAUUUCUUGAACAUUCUCGACCUGAAUUUUCUGAAUACUCGGCGGAGAAGUUCGUAACAGUGAAAAGUCUAGGUGCUAAAGGUGAUGGUGUAACUGAUGAUACAGCAAUUAUUCAACAGAUUAUCAAUACGUAUGCAGCUACGAAAAUCAUCUUCUUUGAUGCUGGUGCUUAUAUUCACACAAGCACAGUUGUCAUUCCACCAUAUGCAGUUAUUGUUGGUGAAGUUGAAUCAACAAUUAUGGCUACAGGUUCAUUUUUCGGUGAUGCAAAAAAUCCUAAACCAGUAUGGUCAGUUGGUCAAAAAGGACAAACAGGUAAUGUUCAAAUAGUUGAUAUACUCUUCUCACACAAAGGACCAGUACCAGGUGCGAUUAUGAUGCAAUGGAAUUUGAAAUCAACGUGCCACGGUAAAUCAGGUCUCUGGUCCACACACUUUCGAACUGGUGGAGCUAAAGGUACCAAUCAAUCACCACUCAACUGUGUAAAACUAACCGGUGGAUAUAAUCGACCAGAAUGUCAAGGUGCAUUUCUUCAACUUCAUAUCAGUUCUCAAACAUCUCUAUACAUGGAAAAUGUUUGGCUUUGGGUAGCUGAUCAUAAUUUAGAUUAUCCCGAUCAUUCCCAAAUCGAUAUUUUCAAUGCUCGAACAAUUCUAGUCGAAAGUGAAGGACCAUUGUGGAUGUAUGGAACAUCAGCUGAACACUCAGUCCUAUAUCAAUAUCAAUUUCUCAAUGCGAAAAAUGUCUUCUUAGGACAAGCACAAACCGAAUCAGGUUAUUUUCAAAGUGAACCACCAGCGCCCGAACCAUUUACAUCUCUCGCUGCUUGGUCGGAUCCUGUUUUUGACGGAUGCGCAGCAGGCGAUAGUGGCUGUACGAAAGGAUGGGGUUUGGACAUUAUCAAUGGAAGCAAUAUUUAUGUUUAUAAUGCAGGUUUAUACAGUUUCUUUCAGAAUUGGAGUACAGCUUGCAUAGGAACUCCCGAAAACAAAUACUGUCAAGAUGGAAUUUUCCGAAUUCGUGGUAAUUCAGAUAAAGUCUAUCUUUGGAAUCUUGAAACAGUCGGAGUAGAAAACAUGGUUGUGGCUGACGGGAAUAUUAAAGUUAAAAGCAAAGAUAAUAUUGGUGUUUUUGCUGAUGGUAUACUCGCAUAUCUACCAAUCAACUGA